AUGUCUCGGUUAGCCAACUUACGUAUCCUGGGCUAUUCAGCCACGAUACUGAUGCACGUCUCCAAUAUAGUCUACAUGGCGUGGUACUCCAAGAAGAACGCUGGGAACUCCAAGGAGGUUCUGCAGUUCAAGAGUUUGGAGUACCGGUUCUUUACUACUUGGACUUUUAUAUUGCAGCUAGCAUAUGCAGUGUAUGCUUUAGCGUGUGAAUACUUCAUCUUGAAGAAUGCAAAGAAGAAAGAUUACAAGCUGCCGUCUCCUAUCACCGACUUUAGGGAGAUUCUGUUCGCUGGUCUUGUGUGGCCUUGUUCCAUGGUUGUCUUCACAGUAUUCUGGGGUUUAUACAACUACGAUAGAACCCUAAUAUUUCCAAAAUUCUUGGACGAGGUGAUCCCGCCCAUUUCGAACCAUGUGAUUCAUACAAUGAUAGUGCCUGUUGUCCUUUGGGAAGUUCUGUUCAGACCGAGACAGGAACCUGAGACUCACGCUAGGAAUGUCAUGCAGUUAACUUUGCACCUAUGUGUUUAUGUUAGCGUAAUGUACUUCACUUACAUUGAAAGAGGGGUAUGGCUGUACCCUAUCUUUAGGAAGCUCUUUGGCACAAUCUACUUUUUCAUAGCUUUAGCUCUUAUGGGAAUUAUGUUCUAUACAUUUUAUUACGUCCAAUGGCCUUUAACUAAAAUGAUACACAGCUCAAAGAAAAAACAAGAAAAGAAAAAGGCUAAAAUAGAAAAGAAAAUGAAAUAA